GUUGGUUUCCUAGGUUUUCCAUAUUCCAUGGUAAACUCAACCCGGUCAUUUGUUUGUUAUGAAAGGUUUUUGACUACUGCCGAAAAACCAAUUUUCCGUCAGGAUUAUGAGCGAACUUUUUCUGUUCGACAAAACUACAUGGCAGAGUAAUUGUUAUGGUAUUAAAAAUGGAUGUACCAACGAGCAAAAUCAUCGACGUUUCGUGGAAAUUUGGAGUCACAGCAGCUAGCAGCGAGUCGGACAAAGUUGGAAAAACGUUUCUACAGUUGAGAUUUCUAUUGGACGAGGGUGGUGAGACAAAGAGUGUAUUUACGGAGAUGUCGCUGAGUCAAUUCUACAAGUUUCUCCACAGUUUAGAAAAAGCGAAAAACAGUUUAGACCUCUUGGUAUGACAACGUACAACAGACGAAAAUAAAAAUUUCAUUUUUUUCAUGUCAAUUAAAAAUAAGUUGUAUUUGGCAUACAGAAAAUUUGUAUAAAUAUAAAUAUACUCGAAUAAAAUAAUUCUAUUAUCACGUA